GCUGUGGGAGGUCAGUGUAGUUUUAGAGUCGGUGCUCUUAUUCAACAUGCUGUGCCGCCUCCUAUUGUUGUUAACGGGCAUCAAGCGACACAUUUCCUAAUCUGAAAUAAGGGGCGUUCUGUUAUUUCCCAGGGCGCUUUCAAAUGUAACAAUAAGUAACACAAGGAUGGAUGGCCCACUAAAGUUUCACUUUCGCUCUUGCCAGAUUUAGAAGAGUCUGGAGAGUGGAAUACUACCAGGAUGUGAAAUAUGGAAAGUGAAAGUGGUAUAAAUAAGGACAUUAGACGAUCUUCCUAGGCCCGGGUGGUUAACAGAGGUGCCACAUCACUUCAAAUCAUAUAUUGAAUAAGUAACAGGUUUGUGCCAGGUGGCUCAUACAUAUGAAUCUAUUUGCUCCUCUGGACAGUCUGUGAAGUAGGUUGUAGUGUUUCCACUUUAUACAUGAGGAAGCAGGCUCAGAGGUUAAAUGACUUAGCUAAGGUACCACGUGCUGGUAAGUGGCAGAGGCAGUAUCUGAAACCAGAUACUCAGUCUUACCUGAUUUCUGCAUGUUGUCAUCUCACAUACGACUGCUCCCCACAACAGUUCGCUUUGUUCAAUCCCUGAUCCACAAUCCUUCCUCUUCCUGUAUGGAUUUGAAGGCUCUCCUUUCCUCCUUGAAUGACUUUGCAUCCCUCUCAUUUGCUGAGAGUUGGGACAAUGUUGGAUUACUGGUGGAACCAAGCCCACCACACACUGUAAACACACUCUUCCUGACCAAUGACUUGACUGAAGAAGUGAUGGAGGAGGCGCUGCAAAAAAAGGCUGAUUUCAUUCUCUCCUACCAUCCGCCUAUUUUCCGACCCAUGAAGCGCGUAACCUGGAAAACCUGGAAGGAGCGCCUGGUGAUCCGGGCUCUGGAGAACAGGGUCGCUGUUUACUCUCCUCACACAGCCUAUGAUGCUGCACCCCAGGGAGUCAACAACUGGCUGGCUAAAGGGCUUGGAGUUUGCACCUCGAGGCCCAUACUUCCUUCCAAAGCACUUAACUACCCAACGGAGGGAACACAUAGAGUAGAAUUUAAUGUUGACCACACCCAAGACCUGGACAAAGUCAUUGCUACAGUGAAAGGAGUUUCAGGUGUUUCUGUCACCUCUUUUUCUGCUAGGACUGAUGAUGAAGAACAAACACGGAUCAGUUUGAAUUGUAGUCAGCAGGCACUGGUGCAGGUGGUGGCUUUUCUUUCCCAGAACAGUGAGCUUUAUCAGAAGACUGAAAUUCUGUCACUGGAAAAGCCUCUGCUUCUGCACACUGGAAUGGGACGGUUAUGCACACUGGAUGAACCUGUCUCCUUGGCAACCAUGAUUGAGCGAAUCAAAAGGCACCUAAAACUGUCACAUAUUCGCCUUGCUCUUGGGGUAGGGAGGACCUUAGCAUCCCAAGUCAAAGUUGUGGCUCUGUGUGCUGGUUCUGGGAGCAGUGUUCUGCAGGGGACAGAAGCCGACCUUUACUUCACAGGUGAGAUGUCCCAUCAUGACAUUUUAGAUGUUGCUUCCCAAGGAAUAAAUGUUAUCCUCUGUGAACAUAGCAACACUGAACGAGGCUUUCUUUCUGAUCUUCAAGAUAUGCUGAGUGCUCAUUUGGAGAAUAAGGUUAAGAUUAUCCUGUCUGAAAUAGACAGAGACCCUCUUCAGGUGGUAUAAUGCAUACAGGAACAGAAUGACAAUCUACAGAUCAUCUCACUCCCAAUUCAAACGCACAACACGAAUCAGUAGUUUGUACCCUUCUGGAAGAACAUUUUAGAAUAUAUAUUGUCAUUUCUGGUUUGUUAAUUUUCACCAAAUGUUUUAUAGUUUUUAGUAUAAAAACUAUAAUGUAAUGUUAUUAAAGUAAAAAUAUUCAUUAUGAAGAACAAAAUAAAGGAUCUGCUCAUGUACUGAUAUGCCAGGGAUUUGGAGAAAGCAGCCCAGGAGUUCUGGCAAUGAUGGAGACAUGGGUAGAAACGCUUUACUUCCUUGCACAACCAAAAGAACAACAACAACAAAUUUAAAAAAAAAAAACCAGCACUGCCAGGUAUUCUAACUUCAUGGAAGUCUGACAACCAAGGAAUGAAACAUUCAUCCAUACUGGUAG